AUGUCGAAACCAAAUCAAGUUGGGUGUUUUAGGAGUAUAGGGACCAGGGAAGAGGAGAUCUACGAGCCUCCUCCUACUGUUGAUAUCAAGGGAACUUUAGAAAAUUCGAAGACCGCUGGACUGGUGUGGUUACCGGAGGUAGAAGUCAUUUUUGGCCCCUCUGCCAAAGGGUCGUCACCAAUUUCCCUUCUACAGUGUAUGCACUUCUUCCAUCCCAGCAAGGUUUAUCACCCAGCAGUAGAAAUCGGGAUAGAUGUCCUUUAA